AUGGCACCAUCUCAUGCGGCAAAUGCGAGCCCUUCCGGAGUGGCAACCAGCAAAUCCGAUCAGACAGCUGCAGUAUUGGGAUGCGGUGCCAUCGGCCUUGCAGUCAUCCAACUUCUCAGAGCGCGUGGCGUUGAGAGCAUAUAUGCCAGCGACAUCAGCGAGACCAGAAGGCGCAAAGCGCUGGAGUUCGGCGCCUCAUGUGCCUUCGAUCCAAGGGAGAAGGAUGUCUUGGGUGAAGUGCGCAAGCUUACGAAUGGGGCCGGCUCGUCCAUCGUGUUCGAAUGCGCAGGAGUACCAGCUUCCAUGCAGACGGCCAUCGACCUCCUUAAGAUCCACGGCUCGAUCAUCGGCGUGGCACUGUAG